AAUAAAAUGAUUAUCCGUACAAUAUGUUCGGAGCAAGCAACAAGUCGAACGUGCAUGGAAGGCGAUAGAUCAACUGCCGAUGCCAACGAGUUUCCGACACCGCGGAAUGAACCUACUGUGAAGAGAUGGCCUGCGACCAUUUAUGACUACAUGGCGAAGCGUGUCGUGGACGGCCGGAUUGCCGCCCUUGACGUCGAGCAUGGACAAUGGGUACAUUGCAACGUAUGCGACUGCCAGCUUCGUUGUGACGCUCGCAAUCUUUUCAGCAAUGAACGAUGGAACCGACAUGUUCGACGGAGUAAAAAGCACAGGCCAGUCGUGAGCCACAUCGACCAGCAGCUUAUAGUUCCCGUAAGUGUCGACGUCGCGCUGUCGCCAUCGUUCGCCCCGCCGUCCAAGAAGCGAAAGAAACUGACCCAACUCGACGUGGACUUUGAACUGCAAUCCUCGCAGCUCCCGACGCAACACCAUGUCGUGGCGACUUGCCCGGGCGCGUUGCCUGCCGAAAACUUCGAAAUCCUUCAAAUCUUUGCCCGAUUUGGUCAAAUUCCGAGCGGGGCGCAGGUGGUUCGUGGUGCGGACGCGCUAGGCUUUCAGUUGUUCAGCACGUCGUGUACAAGGCGCCUCGUGUCCCGUCGAAAGAACCAGCCAGACUGCUGCGACCCGUGCUUUGGCUUGUUUGUCGAUGCCAACCUCAAAAAGCGAAUCUUUCAAAACAUGAAAACCUACGGGCGCGUCUUGGCGGCCAUAGACAGCCCCGAGUUACCCCACGGCAGUCUCGUGGACUUGCAAAACUUUCUCAAAAUUCCCGUGCGCAAUAUGAACCACGCUGGAAAGAAGCUGCGAUUGCUGGUGGAGCAGUUCAUCGAACACCACAAACCCCCGCUGCGGCCCCAGGACGACUCGGACGGGGCGACCGACAGACACACCCAAGCAAAGGCCCAAGAAGCCGAGCUGUCGUUGCGCGUUGCCAAGGUCAAAGCGCAGCACGAACUGCUCAAGCUAGGCAUAAGUAUGGGCGAUGCAAAUGGGUUGUUGAUGCUAUAACGUUUAGGUGUAAUACGUAUUGGAGAGUCGGUAUGAAUAUCCGGACUAUUUCUCACCGACCAAACCCGGCACCAAUCCCUCCCAUUGGUCACUCCAUAAUAUACUUGCCCCAAUC